CUGCUGGCCCUGUCCAACGAGUUGGAGGCUGAGAGCUACCACGACUCCAAACGCGUCAACACCAGGAAGGACAACAUCCUGCGACUGUGGGAGUACCUGCUGGAGCUGCUGAGUGCACGCAGAGCCAGGCUGGAGAUGAACCUGGCCCUGCAAAAGACCUUCCAGGAGAUGCUGCACAUCAUCAUCUGGAUGGAUGACAUGAAGGAUCGCCUCCUUUCCCCUGACUUUGGGAAACACCUGUUAGAAGUGGAGGACCUCUUGCAGAAGCACUGCUUGGUAGAGGCGGAUAUCGCUGUGCAGGCUGAAAGAGUGAGAUCGGCCAACACUGCAGCACUCAGGUUUACAGAGGGAGAUGGCUACAAGCCGUGCGAUCCCCAGGUGAUCAAGGACCGAGUUCAGCACCUGGAUCUGUGUUACCAGGAGCUCUGUGCCUUGGCAGCUCAGCGCAAAGCUCGCCUCCAGCAGUCCCGAAGACUGUGGAACUACUUCUGGGAAAUGGAUGAAAUUGAGAGCUGGAUCAAAGAGAAGGAGCACAUCUUCUCCACAAUGGACUAUGGGAAAGAUCUGACCAGCGUAAUGAUCCUGCAGAGUAAGCACAGUGCGUUCGAGGAUGAGCUCGGAGCCCGCCGAGCACACCUGCAGCAGACAGCGAAGGAAGGAGAGAAGAUGGUCAAAGGGAAGCACUUCGGAUCCCCCAAGAUCAAGGAGAGAAACGAGGACAUCCUGCGGCAGUGGGAGCAACUGGAAGACCUGGCCACCUUCCGCAAACAAAACCUCCGGGACGCACAGAACUUCUUCCAGUUCCAGGGGGACGCGGAUGACUUCAAAGCCUGGCUGCAAGACACCUACCGCAUCAUGUCCAGCGAUGAUGUGGGCCAUGAUGAGUACUCAACCCAGCUGCUGGCCAAGAAGCACCGAGACCUCCAGAAUGAGGCCAUAAAGUACAGGGGGACCAUGGAGGCACUGAUCAGGCAAGCGGACAGCCUGCCGGACGAGCUGAGGAGCACACCCGAUAUCCAACGCCGGCUGAAGGACAUCAAGGAGCUGUUUGUCGACUUACUGUCUCUGGCCGAUCGGCGUAGGCAGAAGCUCCAGGACACCCUGGCACUCUACACCAUCUUCAACGAGACGGACGCCUGCGAGCUGUGGAUGAACCAGAAGAAGACGUGGCUGGUGGGACUGGAGACUCCUGAGAAGCUGGAGGAGCUGGAGAUUGUACAGAACAGGUUGGAAAUCCUGGGCCAGGAAAUUAACAAUGUGGAAACUCGAGUUACUGAUGUGAAUCAAGCAGCCAAGCAGCUGGAAGACAGCAGGCACCCCAGCGUGAGAGAGGUGAAGGAGUGUCAGAACCGGCUGAACAGGAGGUGGGACGAGUUCAAAAGGCUGGUGGACGAGAAGAAAAAGAACGUGGACUCUGCCCUCAGCCUGCACAACUACGGUCUGGAGUGUGACGAAACAGAGACCUGGAUCCUGGAAAAGACCCACGUCGUGGAGUCCACUCAAGACCUGGGCAACGACCUGGCCGCCGUCAUCACCAUCCAGAGGAAGCUGUACGGUAUCGAGAGGGACCUGGCCGCCAUCCAGGCAAAGCUCAAGUUCCUGGAGGCUGAGGCAGACCGUCUGGCAGCCGAACAUCCGGAGAACGCCAAGGACAUACUGGGCAGACAGCAGAAGCUCCACAGAGUCUGGGACGACCUGAAACAGACUCUGAGUGACCGGGAGGACUCUCUGGGAGAGGUCAGCAAGCUGCAGAACUUUCUGCAGGAUCUGGAUGACUUCCAGGCCUGGCUCUUCAAAACGCAGAAAGCCAUCGCGUCCGAGGAGAUCCCCAACUCGCUACCUGAAGCAGAGCAGCUGCUCAGCCUCCACGACGCCAUCAAAGACGACGUCGACCAUCACCAGGAGGACUACCACAAGGUGAAGAACACGGGCGCUGGGGUGACCCAGGGGGAGACAGACCCCCAGUACCAGCAGCUUGAGCAGCGCCUUAGAGGCCUUGACACCGGCUGGGACGAGCUGCACAAGAUGUGGGACAGCAGGAAGAACUUCCUGGAGCAAGGCCUCGGGUUCCAGCAGUUCAUGAAGGACGCCAAGCAAGCAGAGUCCAUCCUCAACAACCAGGAGUACAUCCUGGUUCAUACUGAGCAGCCAGACACACUGCAGGGGGCACAAGCUGCCCUGAGAAAACAUGAGGACUUCAUGAACACCAUGGACGCCAAUGAAGACAAGAUAGUAGCCACCAUCGACGGCGGGCAGCAUCUAGUAGACAGCAGGAACAUUUACUCUGGAAAAGUCAAAGACAAGAUGAGCAGCAUCGAAGACAGGUACAACACAAAUCGGAGGAAAGCUAAGGAAGUGACUGUCAAACUGAAAGACAACUGUGACCUGCAGCAUUUCCUGCAAAACACCCAGGAUCUUACUUUCUGGAUCAAUGAAAAGAUGUUGACGGCACAGGACACCUCGUAUGAUGAAGCCCGCAAUCUCCACAGCAAAUGGCAGAAGCACAAAGCGUUCAUGGCAGAACUGGCCUCCAAUAAAGACUGGCUGGACAAGAUCGACCAGGAAGGAGAGCAGCUGAUGCUGGCGAAGCCGGAGCUUACACCCCUCGUCUCGAAGAGGCUGGAUGAAGUGCACAGGCUGUGGGAUGAGCUGGAGUCCACCACACAGGACAAAGCACAGAGGCUGUUCGACGCCAACCGCUCGGAGCUGCUGGAGCAGAGCUACUCAGACCUGGACAGGUGCCUGAAGGACCUGUCACAGCAGCUGCAGUCUGAGGACUACGGGAAGGAUCUGACCAGUGCCAACAUACUGCUGAAGAAGCAUCAGAUGACGGAGAAGCAGGUGGAGGAGAGGCAGAGGGAGCUGGUAGAGCUGCUGACCCAGGCCCCUGUGAAGAAGGAUGGGUCGCAGACAGGCGGGGAUGCCCAGGUCAUGGAGAAAAAGUUCCAGAACCUGCUGGCCCCCCUCCGACAGAGACGAGAGAAGCUGCAGGCCUCCAGGGCAGUGCACCAGUUCUACCGUGACCUGGCCGACGAAAUUCUGUGGGUAGAAGAGAGGCUGCCGCUCGCCACGUCGACGGACCAUGGGAACAACAUGCAAUCCGUGCUGUUACUGAUGAAGAAGAAUCAGACUCUGCAGAAGGAGAUUCAGGGCCACCAGCCUCGUGUUGCCGAAGUCUUGGAGAGAGGCGAGGGCAUCAUUGCUGCAGGGAACCCCGAUUCUGAUGGGAUCCGGAAGCAGAUGGGGGAGCUGCAGGAGAUCUGGAAGAGGCUGCAGGAGGAGACUGCCAAGAGACAGGGGCGGCUGGGCGGAGCAAACGAUGCACAGCAGUAUUACAUGGAUGCUGCUGAAGCAGAGGCCUGGAUAGGAGAGCAGGAGCUGUACAUGAUCGCUGACGAAAAGCCCAAGGAUGAGCAGAGUGCCAUGGUGAUGCUGAAAAGGCACCUGACUCUCCAGCAGGCAGUGUGUACCUACGAGAACUCCAUCAAGCAGCUGGCUGACAGGGCUCAGAAACUGCUGGCCCAGGACCAUCCUGAGGGGGAGCAGAUUCUCCGGCGGCAGGGGCAGGUAGAUAAGCAAUACACCAGUCUGAAGGAGCUGGCAGAGGAGCGCGGGAUGAAGCUGCAGCACGUAUACUACCUGUUCCAGCUGAACCGGGAGGUGGAGGACCUGGAGCAGUGGAUCACAGAGAGAGAGACGAUGGCCUCGUCUCAGGAAAUGGGGCAGGACAUUGACCACGUCACGACACUGCGAGACAAGUUCCGUGACUUUGCCCGGGACACGGGGAGCAUUGGGCAGGAGCGGGUGGACAGUGUGAACCGCAUGAUAGAUGGCCUGAUCGACAGGGAGCACAGCGAGGCAGCCACCAUAGCAGAGUGGAAAGACAACCUGAACGAGAGCUGGGGGGACCUACUGGAGCUCAUCGACACGCGCUCCCAGCUGCUCACCACCUCCUAUGACCUCCACAAGUACUUCUAUGAUGGCAAGGAGCUGCUGGCUGUGCUCCAGGAGAAGCACACGCAGCUGCCCGCAGACGUGGGCGGAGACGUCAGCAUGGCUGAGUCCUUCCACAGGAUGCACGCAGCCUUCGAGCGAGACAUCCACUCACUUGGGAAACAGGUCCAUCAGUUCCAGGACAGUGCAGCCCGUCUGCAUGCUCAGUAUGUCGGGGACCAGGCCGAUGCCAUCCAGCGCACAGAGCACGAGGUGGUGGAGGCGUGGAAGGCACUGCUGGACGCCUGCGAUGGCCGCCGGACGAGGCUUGUGGACACAGCUGACAAGUUCCGCUUCUUCAGCAUGGUGCGAGACCUCAUGUCCUGGAUGGAGAGCAUCAUCAGGCAAAUUGAGACUCAGGAGAAGCCAAGGGAUGUCUCUUCGGUGGAGUUACUAAUGAAAUAUCACCAGGGCAUUAAAGCUGAGAUGGACGCGAGGAACAGGAGCUUCAGUGCAUGUGUGGACCUGGGCAUGGCGCUGUUAGCACGUAAACACCAGGCUUCACAGGAGAUUAAAGAGAAACUAAUCCAGCUGACAGAGAAAAAGAAGGAGAUGCUGGUGAAAUGGGAUGACAGAUGGGACUGGCUGCGUCUGUUGCUGGAGGUCUGUCAGUUCUCCAGGGAUGCCUCAGUUGCUGAGGCUUGGCUGAUCGCACAGGAACCCUACGUUGCCAGUCAAGAUUAUGGCCAAACUGUGGCCGAGGUGGAGAAAUUACUGAAAAGACACGAAGCUUUUGAAAAGUCAACAGCAACCUGGGAGGAAAGAUUAGCUGCACUGGAGAGGCUAACAACACUGGAGUUGCUGGAGGUUCGGAAACAGCAGCAGGCAGUGCAGCAGAUGAUGAGGGAUCAGGCUGAGGAGCAGCAAGAAGUGAGGCUGGAAGACACGAGGGAUAUCACUGGAGACUCAUCCCAGUUUUACACCGCAGAAGAACAAACUCUGGUGUCAGGGAUUGAAGAGAAGCCCGAUCUGUUAAAUGGCACAGAGUUUUCGGAAGACACCUCUUUUGAAAGAACAGAUAAGUCGGAGCUGGACGAGAGUUUGGUACAGAGACCUUCCCAGUCCCUGCUGCUGCCUGCCCCAACUGAGGCUGAGAGAGCGGAGGCGCUGACUGCCCCAACCCAACGACCCCAGGCCCUGCUGCUGCCUGCCCCAACUGAGCCAGAGAGAGCAGCAACGCUCCCCGCCCCGACCCAGCGACACCAGACCGUGCAGCUGGAGGGAGCCCUGGUGCGCAAGCAUGAUCUUGAGGGGCCUGACAAGAGAGCCUCCAACAGGUCUUGGAACAACAUCUACUGUGUGUUGAAACCUGAGGAACUUUCCUGCUAUAAAGAUGCUAAGAAUUUAAGCUACGGCAUCACCUACCACGGUGAAGACCCUCUCUCACUCAGAAAUGCAGCGUGUGAAAUCCUACCCAACUACAAGAAGAAGAAGCAUGUCUUCAGAUUGCGACUUUACGAUGGCAGCGAGUACCUCUUCCAGGGCAAAGACGAGGAGGAGUUACAGAGCUGGGUGCAGGCUGUGCAGAAUGCGAUUCCACAGCAGGGGGAGUCCCAGGGUCCCAGCACAAAGGAAAGGGCACAAAGCCUCCCCACCCAGCCCUCCACCUUAGCCAGCAGAGAGAGCGGCAGUGGCAAGAAGGACAAGGAGAAAAGAUUCAGCAACCCCUUCGCAAAGAAGAAAUAGAGAGAGAGAACCAGACACCAUAGCUUCUGGUAGCUCUUUUUGAACACCAAAAAAGGACAUUGAUAACAAAAGGUGCACAUAUUAAAAUAGGAAGAGGUUUUUUAUCUUGUAUUUGAAAAGGUUGGUCAGAUGAACAACAUAUCUUUUAUUAUUAAGGUUUAUGAUUUAAUACGGAGAUAGUAAACAUGCAGUACGAACCGUGGACACCUUGCAGUGCACUUGUUGCUGUUUGAAGGUAAAUGUAUGGAGACUCACAAAACAACAACCAAAGAUUGUUUAUUAGAAGUUUUUUAUUAUUAAAAGUGACUGCAUGUGUUAUGGCUCUAAGCAAAGAUUGAUUACGUACAGUAUUUUUCUUUUUUCAUUAUAUUACUAAUUUUGCCUUAUUAAUUUUAAAGAGAAUUAAAUGGUUGUAACGGCAAUACUGUACUAUAAGCACCUAAAUUGGCAUGUCGCUGUAAAUGUUGUUCCUGGCCUCGCUGAGAUGCAGUUUUCAGUGUUACCAUUCAAAUGCAGCUCAGCUUCUUAUCUAGGAGCUGUACUGUACUGUGUAGAGCAGGGGUCUCCAAUCCUGGUCCUGGAGGACCGCUGUCCCUCCUGGUUUUUGUU